CACUGGUACGAGCACGUACCACGAGUACGUAUGGUAUCGUAUUGUAGUAAAUCAGCUUCAAUAAUGAUCCGAUACAGAAAACCGACACGGUACUCGUAUCCGAUAGAGAAGUAGCAGAACGUAUCAGGUGUAACAAAAUACAAAGCAUAUACAAAUAAGAGCACUGAAUCGCAAAAGACAGUGCAAUUUACGGGCCCAAAUAAACUCGACGAAGAAUACCCAUCKAUUAUAUCAUGUUGCUGAAAAAUUUCUGGAUCUUUGGAGUUUUGSUGUUGUCGUUUGCCGUCUUCGGUGAGGGGCUUGGACCAAGAUCUUCCUCCGCAAAUGAUUUCCCGUUUUCACUCGGAGUGAGGGAUUCUCUCAUGAUUGCACAUUCCUUUCACGGUCAUCCUUCCUUUGGGCCUGCCGGAGGUAUGCACGGAGCAACGUAUACGUGCGACGUCGAUUUUCUUGCGGAAGAACUGCAUCCCGAGACGAACUGGGUCAUUGACAUUGGCAAGGCCCUCGAUAUUCUAUCGAAAGUUUUGUCGCGCUACAACCUCAAGAAUCUAGACGAAGUGUUCCCGGACAAGACGAUGACAACAACCGAGUUCAUGUGCAAACAAAUCCACGACGAUAUACGCGAACUUCUCGAAACCGAGUGCAAAGAGUUCAAGGGUGCGGUGCGCAUCAAGUUGUGGGAGUCUCACAAGGCCUGGGCGACGUACACGGGUCCGAYGAUCCCUGAAUCKUCGUCGUCCGAAUUGUGAGAACGACGUCUCCUCAACGAGAACAGAAGUCGUGAUCUGCGCUAUUUCCAGAUUAAUAAAAUUUACUUUUGAUU